CGGCAGGUAAGUCGGUGAAGUCCAUGCCGGCAGGCGCAACAUGUCUGCGACCGCGGAAACAUCGGUAGAAUUAUCGCAAGAUGAUGACCAGUGGCUGUACGGGGACGUUGACUCCCAAGUCUCAAAGGAAGAUGAUAGAAAAGAAGAGGUGCCAGAACCAGAAAAGCCAAAGUCAGAAGAAGAAUCAAAUCAUGCGGAUUUGGAAGACACUGAAGAAAAACUAGUCACAGGUGGUGAUGUUGAAGAAGGGCAGUUGAGUGGAGAAGAACAAGAAGGAGAACCUGCUCCUCCUGGAGAAACUCCAGAAGAAGAGGAUAGUGAUGAUGACAAUGUGCAGGUAACAAUUGGAGAAAUAAAGUCCGGCACUCAGAGUGGAACAUAUCCAUACACACCACGAGGUGGAGCACGACGCUCUGCAUAUGGAACAGCUACUGUUGGAGAACCUGGAACUGAGGGUUCAGGGAAAAGUGGAACAUUCACUGUUUCAGAUUUUGAAUCUCCUGGCACCAUAAAUGGUGUUCCUUCAUUUGACUUCAGCAUUGAGAGCUUAGAAGAGAAGCCUUGGAGGAAGCCUGGUGCAGAUAUCACUGACUACUUCAACUAUGGGUUCACUGAAGAGACAUGGAAUGCUUAUUGUGAACGACAGAAGAAACUUCGCUUUGAAUCAGGUGCUGGUCUUAAGGUGAGUAUGGUGUUCCUUAAUGUGUUCUUUGUGGCAUGUUGUAUUGCAUUGGCAAUGACCACGCAAGGAGGAAAGCAGGACCACCGGCUUAGUGUCUUGGAAGAACCUCGAAAGCCUGGCAUUAUCAUGGGUCGGAGACCAGGAGAUACUUCAGGCACCAUGAAUUCUGCUGGCCUUGCUGGAAGUCUUGCAGAAGAUUCUGCUGAUGUCUCAACCAUUCAAGUGAUGACUGCAGAUAAACGGGAUUUCCUACGCAAGUCAGGGGUCCCAUUCCCUGACAUGAGCAUCCCACCUCCUGGGUAUCAGCCUCAGGCGUUUCCAGACUCAUUUGGAUCAGAGUACCUGCCAGAAUCCGACCCAUAUUACCAGUCAUAUGAGCCCACAGCAGACAACCAGCGAUGGGCAGUACCUCCACCUCCUGUUGCAGAAUGGGAAUUAGGUCCUCCUCCUGGUUUAGGCCCUAUACCUCCUGGGCUUCCCCCUCCAAUACCUCCUGGUGCCCUUCCACCACAGCCUAUUCCAGGUUCUGACACUGAUGGCCGGGAUUCUAGACACUCCAGGAGCACAUCUCAUAUGCGCAGUCGAAGUCGUGAGCGCAGUGAGGAGAGGCGUCACAGAAGUUCUCGUCACCUUCGUCGGUCUCGUUCCCGAAGUCCAACAGAGAGACCUGAGAGACUUGAUCGCCAUCACAAGCGAAGUCGGCACAGUGAUCGAGACAGGGAGAAGGAGAAGAGCAAGGACAGGGAUAGGGAAGAAAGGAAGGACAAGGAUAAGGAAGAAAGGAGAGAGGAAAAAGAAAAAGAAGAGAAGAAAAAAGAUAAGGAGAAAGAAAAAGAUAGGGAAAAGAGACACAAACGGGAAGAACGAGACAGGCGAUCUCGAAGUCCUUCCCGGAGCAGUCGCAGCAGGAAACGUGCCCGCAAGUCACACUCUCGAUCUCCGCAAUGAACUUCUCAGUUGUUAUCCCACCAUGUCAUUGUUUUUCAUUCUUUUGGUAUUCCUUAUUCAACUCUGGAGCCUGUCUGACUUUUGUACAGCUUUUCUGGUUUCAGGAUACUGUUAGAAACUCAGUUGAAUUGUGUUUUGUUCCUUUUGGAAUGAAGGAAAUUUGGAAUUUCCC